AUCAUGCCAUCCAUUCAAAUUGUCUCAUUCCUCUUUCAUCUCCCAGUAGUUGACUCCAGCCCUGCAAGCUCGGGUUUGUACACCUAGGAAUAGUAGCCUUUGCUAAUGGGGCAUUCUUCCUUCUCAGAAGUGGGUAUAGCCUAGCUUCGACCUCUUUCGUCCCCCUCUCUGGCUUCAGCUUUCUAUCUUCCAGCCUCACCCUGCUGCUCAAACAGGUUUGAGGUGGCCCCACCCCACUCUUCUGUAGCUCCAGCUCUUAGGGUGGGUGGAUUGAGAGCCAUGCCCCACCCCUGGGCCCAGAUCCCUGAGUCCGAAGGAGAUGUCUCCACCCAAGCCAAACCAAAAAGCAAGACGCAGGGAGCUGAAGUUCAGGGACCCACUGUCAGGUAAGAAUCCCUCUUCCACUUUGAUUUUCCCUGGCUUUAUCACAAACCUCUUGUAUCCUUGUUCAUUUCCCUAUUAAUUGUAAACUGUUACAAAAACUAACCUUAAACUCAUCUUAAGUUCACAACUCUCCAAUGCUCAUUCCCUUCAUUCACAUUCAUUACUCUCCUUAGCUUUUUUUCUUCUACUUCCUCACCUAUUCUCUUCCCUCCCAGAACCUUCCUCCCCUUUUAUCUACGAAGUCUCUCCCCAAACCAGUAAUUAAUUGGGAUAAUGCUAUUUUCUUACCAGUUUAUUUAUCAUGAUGGAGAAAAGGUAAGAAAAAGGAAGUACUAGGGAAAGAACUUAAACCAGUAAACCACCUCAUGCAUGAGUCAUUGCAAAAACUUGUUAAGAAAAUUCCUGCUCAGACAACAUUCCUGAGAAGUGGGCUAUGCUACUUGAUAUUCUUAAAGAGGAUAUGGGAUCUAAAAAGGAGAGCUAGUGCUUAGUCCCAAACACCCUGACUGUCCUCUACAGGUGAUGGGAGAAGAAAAAGCAUUGGAGACCUUGGUGAGCAUAGAGACUGACCCUCCUCCAGCCUCACGCCCUGUUCACCACAGCAGGCACUCGCUUCGAUGUCUUGCAGCCACUAGCGUCAUCUGUGGCUGCUCCUGUCUUGGAGUCAUGGCCCUUGUGUUUGCUGUCAAGGCUGAGGAGCGACGUAAGGCUGGGAAACCAGAGGAAGCAUUAUUCUUGGGGAAUCGAGCCAGGCGUCUUGCCCUGGCUAGUAUUGCAGUGUGGCUUGGAGUGCUUGUACUGGGACCCCUGCUACUCUGGCUUCUAUCAUACGCCAUUGCCCAAGCAGAGUGACCCUCCUGUGACAAACCUGGACAGCAUGAAGUUGCCCUGUAGCAUCAUAGGUGGACCUCGCCUACAGCAAGGUCCUUCAUCCUGACCAGAAGAACAACAAGGUCCCCCAGAUCCUUUAAGGGUAUUUAACCCCCUUUCAAAAAGGGUUCCAGAAGCUGCCUCCCCAGCAUGCAGACAACAAGAGCGGAUCAGAUGGGACUGGUAAUAAUAAAAGGUUUGGACUUGGAUGGACUCACUCCUGCCCUUGGGGCAUUAGCCCAUACAAGGAGUUGGAGAACAGGCAGCUC